AUGAGUAAACAUACUGAAUUGCGAGUUCGGCGUAGAAACUCUCGCUUAGUAAUUCCGGAUGUUCAAGAUUCAAAAACAGUUGGUCCUAUCAUUGGCUAUGCUGAAGAACCACUUCUUCCACUUGCUGACGCAUGCAUACCGUUGAUCCCUAUUAUUUUUAAUAUAUUAGCUUAUGUUUCGACCGCUCUGGAACACACUCCAGAUUAUCCAUCAGAUGGUCUAACCCGCGACGAAUCAGCUUCAAUUUUUCUCUAUACGACGGAAUGGAAAGAUGAACAUAGAAGUCUCUAUUCCGCUCUUAAUGAAACACUUAGAACAGCUGAUCCCGAACAAUUACAACCGUGGUUCAAGUAUCUAAAACUUUUACUUACUGCCUUGGUCAAAAUACCAUUUGCACCUCAACAAACGGUUUGGCGUGGGAUACGAAAAGAUCUUCGUCUCGAAUUUCCGCGAGGAACUUCAGUCAUCUGGUGGAGUUUCUCAUCUUGCACAACAACGCUUCCUGUGUUAGAGAAUGAUCUCUAUUUGGGAUAUGAAGAUCAGAAUUGCUCAAGUUUCGUACGUAAAGACGAUUGGGAUACACCAGACAAUGAUAUAUUACCUUCUCCUGUACACGAACCUGAUUAUGCUAGCUGUUGCAAACAGUGUCAAACAACUACUGGAUGUAUUGCGUUUACGUAUUCGCCAUCAACUCAACUAUGUUGGCCGAAAAGAAGUAUGGGCAGUGGUGGCAACUCAACUGCCGAUAGGAUCACUGCUUAUAAUCCAAACAACUGUAGUAGUUUUGUACGCAAAGACGCCUGGGACAUACUUGGAAAUGAUAUAUUAUCUUCUUCUGUACAACAACCUGAUUAUGCUAGCUGUUGUUUACAGUGUCAAACAACUCCUAAAUGUGUUGCUUUUACGUAUUCGUCAUCAAGACAUGGAUGUUGGCUAAAAACAAGUAUUCGAAGUGGUGAAAACUCAACUGGCGAUAGAAUUACUGGAUAUAAUCCGAACACAUGUAGUGAUUUUGUACGCAAAGACGCCUGGGAUAUACCUGGAAAUGAUAUAUUAACUUCUUCUGUACAACAACCCGAUUAUGCUAGCUGUUGCUUGCAGUGCCAAACAACUUCUGGAUGUAUUGCUUUUAGUUAUUCGCCAUCAAGUCAUGGAUGUUCGCUGAAAACAAGUAUUGGUAGUGGUGGAACAUCAACUGACGAUAAAAUUACUGGAUAUAAUCCGAAUAUGUGCGUUGGUUUCGUACGUAAAGACGCCUGGGACAUACCGGGAAAUGACAUAUUAACUUCUUUUGUACAACAACUUGAUUAUGCUAGCUGUUGCUCACAAUGCCAAGCAACUUCUGGAUGUAUUGCUUUUACGUACUCGCCAUCAAGUCAACGAUGUUCGCUGAAGACAAGUAUGCGUAGUGGUGAAAACUCAACUGGUGAUCGAAUCACUGGAUAUAAUCCGAACACAUGUAGUGAUUUUGUACGCAAAGACGCCUGGGACAUACCUGGGAAUGACAUAUUAUCUUCUUCUGUACAACAACCUGAUUAUGCUAGCUGUUGUUUACAGUGUCAAACAACUCCUGGAUGUGUUGCUUUUACGUAUUCACCAUCAAGUCAUGGAUGUUUGCUAAAAACAAGUAUUGGUAGUGGUGGAAUAUCAACUGGUGAUAAAAUUACUGGAUAUAUUCCAAACACAUGUAGUGGUUUUGUACGUAAAGAUAAUUGGGACAUAUCUGGAAAUGACAUAUUACCUUCUCCUUUACAAGAACCUGAUUAUGCUAGCUGUUGUUCAAAAUGUGAAACAACUUCUGAAUGUGUUGCUUUUACGUAUUCUCAAUCAAGCCAACAAUGUUCGCUGAAAGCAAAUAGUUGUAGUGGUGGAACAUCAGCUGGCGAUAGAAUUAGUGGAUAUAAUCGUGAGUAUAUUAACUAUCUGUUAGGAAGUGUGGCAAAGAUGAGACCGGUUUGA